UGGAUUUUACGUUCAGUCGAACGAACUGAACUAUUCAUACUAGGUAGACUUUGCACACACACCUUAAUAGUUACAGUGUAAUUUGUCUCAGUUUCAAAAUUUUACAAAUAUCAAUCGAAUACUGAUUUUUUCAUCGCGCAUUUUGCGUAAAAAUGGGAACCGCCACUCAGUUUAUUGUUGGUUUCAUCGGCGCUCUGGGCGCCUUUUGCCUUGGCGCAGUGAUCGGCUGGUCAGGACCGGUGGAAAAUGAAGUCAAGAAGUCGAACGCGUACAGCUUUACCCCUGGACAAACGGAAUGGGGCCUGGUGGGAUCUCUGAUGACUCUGGGAGCAGCCUUCUCGUGCAUUCCGGUGGGCGUGCUCAUUGGUAAGAUCGGGCGGAAGAUAACAAUGCUAAUCCUGCUGCCACCGUUCUUUAUCGGAUGGCUCCUGAUCCUGCUGGCGUCGCACAUAGCAAUGCUGCUGGUCGGACGCUUCAUAGUGGGAUUCUGCGGAGGAGCCUUCUGCGUGGCUUGUCCCAUGUACGUGACCGAGAUAGCCCAGGUGCAGUACCGCGGAACCAUGGGCUGCUUCUUCCAGCUGCUAAUCGUCUUCGGGAUCCUGUACGCCUUUGUGGUUGGAGGUUAUGUAAAGACCUUCUACUUUAACAUUGCGUGCGCAAUUUUGCCCGUAAUCUUUUUUAUCUUGAUGAUUUUUAUGCCGGAAUCCCCGAUUUUUCUGGCCCAAAAGGGAAAACCCGAGAAGGCGGAGAAAUCCCUGAAAUUUCUGCGCGGAAAGGACGCGGAUGUAAGCGGUGAGCUGAAGGAAAUGAGCGCCGAGGGCCAAAAGGAGAAGGCCAGCGUUGGGAAAAUCCUAUGCCGCAGGAUUACCCUCAAGGGACUGUUCCUCUCCAUCGGUCUCAUGUUGUUCCAGCAGAUGACGGGCAUCAAUGCGAUUAUUUUCUAUUCUACAUUCAUCUUUGAGACGGCUGGAUCGACAUUGGAGCCCCGAAUAUCUACAAUUAUUGUGGGCAUUGUCCAGGCAAUUGCCACUAUCAUUUCGAUCCUGGUUAUUGAGAAAGUCGGUCGGAAGAUACUCCUAUUGGUGUCCGCCUGCAUGAUGGGCAUCAGCACCCUGAUCAUGGCUCUUUACUUUGGCAUGUUGAAGGAUUCUGGAGUCGGCUGGCUGGCCCUAAUUGCCGUUUGUGUGUUUAUUAUUGGAUUCUCCCUGGGAUUCGGUCCUGUUCCCUGGCUGAUGAUGGCCGAACUAUUUGCCGAGGAUGUGAAGGCCCUAGCAGGAUCGAUUGCCGGAACUACAAAUUGGUGUUUUGCUUUCAUUGUGACCCUUCUUUUCCCUGUACUUAACGACUUGAUUGGAGCAACCGCGUGCUUUGCAAUCUUCUUCGGAUUUGCGGUGGCCGCCUUUGUCUUCAUUCUCUUCCUAAUUCCCGAGACGAAGGGAAAAACGCUUAACGAGAUUCAGGCCAAGAUGGGCGAGAAGGGCGAAUAGUACUUGGAAUCCUUUGAUAUCUUCAGGGAUUCAAGUCUAUGGAUCUCUGAGCAAACUUUUGAUAAAUUUUCGUGUAAUUGGAACUCAAUAUUUGUACCGUCAAAUGCGAUGAAAUGCAUUUAAAUUGAUGUCUUAACAUUUUUCUACAUGACAUUACUAUAAAUAAAAUGCCAACUGUUGGCAUUUUAAGUGUU